ACGCCUCAGCGUGACGCUGCUCUGUGUAGCGGCCACAAACAGGAAGAAAACAUCCAGCUGUUAGCGAACCGGAGGGAGCUCGGGCUAGCUUAGCCGUCUGUGUGGCUCUGAAACAGUAAUGAAACGGCCUUGAGAGUCGGGGAUAAACUGGUGUUUUAUCAUGCUGUAUCCGGAGUAGUGGCUGUAUCCACUGAUACCCAGGGAAGAUCAUUCUCCUCGACUUUCCUCCGGUCCGAGUGUUGAAACGAGGUGUGAAUGAGUGACGUGGUGCCUCCCACAGCUCUCAGUGAAGUCCAGCUCCGCUUCCUCUGCCACGAUGACAUAGAGAAUGUCAAGCUGCUCUGUGGGGAUUGGUUCCCAAUCGAGUACCCAGACUCAUGGUAUCAGGACAUCACCUCCAACAAGAAGUUCUUCUCCCUCGCUGCCACCUUCAGAGGAGGCAUCGUGGGAAUGAUUGUGGCUGAGAUCAAAGGCCGGACCAAAGUACACAAAGAGGAUGGAGACAUCCUGGCCUCCAGUUUCCCUGUGGACACACAGGUAGCCUACAUCCUCAGCCUGGGAGUGGUCAAAGAGUUCAGGAAACAUGGCAUAGGCUCCCUACUGCUGGACAGUUUGAAGGAGCACAUCUCAACGACAGCCCAGGACCACUGUAAGGCUAUCUACCUGCACGUCCUCACCACCAACAACACUGCCAUUCACUUCUAUGAGAACAGGGACUUCAGGCAGCACCACUACCUUCCCUACUAUUACUCCAUACGAGGAGUCCUCAAAGACGGAUUCACAUAUGUGCUCUACAUCAAUGGGGGUCAUCCCCCUUGGACAAUAUUUGAUUAUAUCCAGCACAUUGGUUCGACCCUGGCCAGCCUGAGCCCCUGCUCCAUCCCACAGAGGUUGUACCGACAGGCCCAGUCCCUGUUGCGCUCUCUGCUGCCCUGGUCCAACAUCGCCUCCAAGACCGGCAUACAGUACAGCAGGACGAUGUGACACAACAUGGAGCGCAAGUGUUCCGUUUUUCAUCAGUCUUCCCCUGUACACACCAAGAUGCACGCACACACGCACUCACAUUCUCGAUCACGUAUGGCUUUCCACACGCUGUGUAUAACACAGGACUCAGGUUCAACCCGUGUUUGACCAUUCACACACCAGAAUAUUACUCCAGAUUCAAUACACAUUUGGCACUGUUCACACAAGAUCCGGGUUUGCAGCUGUAGUUCUGUACCCACUACUAAACAGGGUUAUUACAUUGCAACAUUGUUAAAACUGCAAUGUUGUUUUUACACUGACAGACGUUGUGAUCUGGUAGAACCACAGGAUUUCUUUCAGUUGUUUCGUUACUAUACUAUCCCAUAUAUAUAGUACUCUAUCCCAUAGUUACUAUAGCGGCUGGUGCCCAGUCGUACCAAAGCUGAGCAGCGUCAGACCUGCUUUCAACCCAGGUAGCACAGCAGAGUGGAGGACCUGGUACCCACAGGUCAUUGUUUUGUUGUGAAAGGGGUGUAACAAGCACACGCAACACACACACACACACACACACACACGCACACACACACACACACACACACAGACGCACACUGGGAACCCUACAGAGACUGAAGGGUCAAACCCUGUCUAUCUUCCGGUGUCCCUUCAUCCUGUUCACUACUGUCACAGAGACUGUGUAUACUGUUUGUAUAUUAUAUAUACUAAACUAAUAUAUAAAUUUCUCUCAGUAUGUAUGUCUGUUCUAUGCUGUUGGUAGGCCUAGCUAGAAGAAGAUAACCCUUCCAUUCCUCUGUUUGAGUAUAGGCUGAAUCCAGAGUCAAUUCCAGUCUGUAAAAUAGACACUCCGCUAAACAGGACUAUGAAUCUAGCUAUGUUAAUAGACUACUAGGGUAGAGUGAAACUAAUUAUACACAGGAACCUUUGAGACUUAAUGUAGAUAGGUAACACGGUAUAUUCACUAGCAACUGGAGUUUUCGAAAAGGAUUCUUUCCUUUUGCAAAUUCAUGAAAUUAUCUGAUUUUCUGUGUGCAGUAAUUGUACUGGAAACUGUACCGGUGACAUCAGUACAGAAACCAGUGAACAUGUUAUACUAUACUACUCUGUCACUACUCACUGCAGUUUUACCGACACCUCACCAGUUAUGCAGCAAUGUUUGAAAGUCUUAGAAAAAAUAUGAUUAGAGUUCUGAGCAAAAUGGCCUUUCUACAUCGUUUCAUAAUGUUGGCCACGUAUAAUUCAUACAGGAGCAGGGGAGAGUUUCUCGAGUCCUUAUUUUAGAGGUUUUAAAUGGUAACUGGCUGCAGUCCUGUCUUUCUGCUCUUACGCUGUAAAACUCCUUCUAAUGUAGAGCAACGUCCAUUUGAUUGUCCAGAUUUUAAAAAUAUGGCCCAGGUUAGAUUUUUAUGUCGGCCCGUAGAAGAGAUAAGAAGAGAAGGAAGAAAUGUUCCCAAGCACAAACGUCAUACACCCGUGUGUGUGCCUGAGCGCAUGCAGGUGUGUAUGUCUGUGUGUGUGUAUAUACUGUAUAUGUAUACAGGGUCUGAAAUUAGCACCUUGUAAGUGCCAAAUUUUUCGGUCAGAUCUGUCUGCGGAAGACUAAUGUAGUAAAGUUCACCCAACAUGUUGACUGGUAGCUUUGUACGUGGGAAACAUUGUAGUUUCUAAACUUUUGUUGCGUUCUGUUGCACUUCAUGAUAAAAACAAACCUGAUCCAAUGUUUCAGUCAUUUAGCAAAUCUUAGAUUUUAUACAUGACAUAGCACUGAACAAGGUAAGGGUGACAAAAUGUGCAGUCAUUUUUAAAAGGCAAACCUUUCCCACUUUACCAGCCUGGUCUGGACGGGUGACUCAAAACUUAAUUACAGACAUGGUGUAUGCAAUAAAUUUGUUCCAUUUGAUUGAUUGUAAAGACUGAGUCAGUCUGACUGCCCCUGCUGUAUUGUUCUAAUAUUUUCCUUGUGAUUAUCAUAUUACAUUGUUAUAAACUCGACUCUGAUUUUUAUUUACAAUAGAUCAUGGUAUCAGUUGUUUGUCUUAAAAAGGCACUGGCUGGACCGCCCUUUUUCUGUUUGCUUCUCUCCUGCUCUCUGUGCUCACAUAUACAGUAGUUUAAUUCCGCCGA